AUACAGUGAAUGUAUAUGUUCAUUGUCUUCUGACCUUUGCUCUAUGUGGAUUUCAAAUAGAGUGGUUUUUCUGGCUAACUAGUUAACUUUUGGAGAAAUUGUCUGUAGUUGAAUUAUGAUUGCUUAAAUACCUACCACUUAUGAUAACUUUAUAAGUGGUAGCCAGAAUGAUAACUUUAUACUUAUCACUUUUGGAGAAAUUGUCUGACCUUUGCUCUAUGUUGGCUAACUAGUUAACUUUUCAAAUAGAGGUGUUGACUUAUCCAUCGACUGGCUUCCCCUGAUUCAACACCUCUGUUUUCAAAACAGUUGGCUCUGAAAAGCUCUGCUCAUUCUGGCUUCUAUCCAGCCACAGUGUCAUGUAAUAUUGUCUUACAUAGUGGAACAGAUAACCUAUCCAUUGACCAAUGAGUGCGGCUAAUCACUUUCUCCUAAAAGAUGUCAUAUUUAUCCAAUGUGGGACAACAGUCCAUAAUUUCUCAGAAUGAGCAUUACUCUUCAGUGUCCUAAUUCACUAAAGUUCACAUUAUUCAUCAAGUGAGAACAGCAGUUUGUAAAGUCCUAGCAGUAACACAUCAGCACAUCAGCCCUUUUGUAUGUAAUCUGUUCAGAAUGGUUAUUUCAUUCUGGACGAUUUUACCUGCAUCCAACGAAUGAAUGGACCAUUUCUUAUAAACAUUGCAUGCUUGCAGAAUUAAAAGCAAAGUUGGUUGAUGGCUUGAAAUUGCUGAAAAUAAAGCUGCAGCAUUGAUAUUAUCCUAAAGAUUCAGGCAGGCUUCGUAAAUUCACUCAUUUUAGUUAUCUGUACUGUCCUGAAGAUUUCUAAUCACAAAGAAAAGCAAGGCAAUUGUUUGUCGAUGGUGCCAACAAUAGAACGGCUGUAUGCUUGUGCUGGUCUGUUUAUGUUGCAUCUGUCAGAUUACUUCAGAUAAUUCAACGGUUCUAGUCCAGCCAUCUAUGGUGGUUCAGUCGUUUCAGUUCUUGGUUGCAAUGCUGGUGAUGGACACAUGGCAGUAUUUCGUGCACCGCUACAUGCAUCAGAACAAAUUCCUUUACCGACAUAUCCACUCACAACAUCACCGGCUGAUCGUUCCUUACGCUAUCGGGGCUCUCUACAACCACCCACUGGAGGGGCUCCUAUUGGACACUUUAGGUGGUGCUAUGUCCUUCUUGGUCUCCGGUAUGACGCCAAGGACCGCCGUAUUCUUCUUCUGUUUUGCGGUACUCAAGACGGUUGAUGAUCACUGUGGACUUUGGUUGCCAUAUAACAUCUUCCAGCACUUGUUCCAAAAUAACACGGCGUACCAUGAUAUUCACCAUCAGCUCCAAGGCACAAAGUACAAUUACUCUCAGCCGUUCUUCUCAAUAUGGGACAGAAUCCUAGGAACCCACAUGGCCUACGACCUAGUGAGCCGCAAGGAAGGGGGGUUCGAAGCGAGGCCAUUGCGAGACUAGCUUCGAGCUCAUUGAAGUGUAUAGAACUCCAGCGAUUCAGCGGGAUAUCCGAUGCUCUUCCACUCUCCUCGUGAUGGUCAGUUCACAGGGGCCAUCUAACUUCUUGUAAGAUGAUGAAGGUAUUCCAGCACUCCCGGUUCGUCUCUUUUUUCACGUCUUGGUGGAAGCCAUUCGGCACCGUAGAAGACGCUGAAGAUGUCGCGUUCCUUGUUGUUUUUUCGGUUGUUCCUACAGUUGAUAUAGUGCGCGUGUUUCUGUACGGGUAUAGCCGGGGUACUUGCGAGUCUCUGAAGGUUCCUUCUUGUGGAAAGCUGCAGUUUAAUUACGUCGCUGUGCAGAUAGUGUAUUCGCAAAUCAGUCACACUUCUGUAUGUAUCCAAUUAUUUAUGUAACUGAAUCUUUGGGCAUGACUAUGACCUUCAACCCCACAUUUGGCUUCUAGUGUAUAGUUUCUGUCUGAUUAAUCACAUGUCAAUCAGCUUUGAUGGUA